AUGUCCCAUCCCCGCCAGUUUCUGUUUUUCGCCACAAUGAAGUUCACCACCCUCUUUGCCUUUGCUGCCAUCGCUUUCCCCAUGGCGCUCGGUGCCUUCGCGCCCAACGAUGUAUUGGCUCGUCGCCAAGAAUCGAGUGCAGGCCAAAGCUCGCAGCUGCCGUCUGUACCCAUCUCCGAGUCGGAGGCGCCCGAAAGCGAGUCGCAAGGCCCGUCGCAGUCACAGCCCGGCCCUUCCCAGUCACAGCCCUCGGGCCCCUCCCAGUCGGGCGGUGCCGGGACUUCCCGGAGUGGCGCAGCCAGCAUCACCAGCCAGGUCCGCUCCAACGCGCCGUCCGGAUCAAUCAGCGCCCCGCCAACCUCGAGCUCCGGCGCUCCUCGGCCGAACGGCGCAGCCACCCACAAGGCCGCCAGUGGCCUUGUCCUGGCCGUUGGUGCCGGCCUCGUCGGCGCGAUGGUCCUUUAA